AUGAAGACCUCCAAAUUUGCACCGAAGACGCCCGCAGAGAGGCUAGCGCAAUCAAAAGCCGAUAAGCUCAAGCAGGACAAAGAUCGAGUUACGCGACUGUUAGGACGCGUCCGGUGGAAAGCAGAAAUGCUCAUGGUGUCUUACUUUCGAACCAUGGAGAUUGUACAGGCAGCUGCUCAGCAGAAUGGGGAUCACCAGUCCCAGCAUGCAAUGGGUAGCGGCGCGUCGAGUGUAAGUGGUUACGAGCCUCAACAGCCUGGACGCCGCGAGACUGACAUUGCGCAGAAGCAAGCCGAAUCCAUGUUCAAGGUAGACUUCUUCGAGUUUUACACGCUACUAGAGCGUUACAUCACAGAUUGUCUCGCUAUAUUCGGCGUUUUUGUUUCUACCUCCGCGCCGCGCAUAAACUUCAAUGCCCUCCGUUACGAGACCAACCCCGAGCUUCACCGAACGCGACCGAUGGCUUCGCAUGCAUUCCACGCCAACCUUCUAGAAGCAUUGGAUGACGAGAAGUGUCCGUUGGCAGGAUCACUAGGUCUACAAGAGGUCCGUGUACAACUAGGCAUCGCAAAAGAAUACCGUAAUGCUUGGAAAGAUGCGGAUAGCAAGGCAAACAUUUCCGACGGCGACGAGCGCGCACAUAUAACGCUUCAAAAUUUGCAGCUAGAAGAUAUGUUGCGCAAUAUCAUUGGCGGAUGUGACCUUGCUCACGAAGCAGUGCAGCAGCAUUCCGACGAUACUACAAAUGGGCGUGCACUGACUAGCCAAGACUUUGAACCGAAGAACAUGUACGGACAUAUGAGCAUGGAGAUUGAGGAUACACCAUUUGAAUACAUGGACGACGCGAUGGAGCUGGAUUGA